CGUCUCAUGUUUGGUUUUCACCUGUGAAAUAAUUGGCCUUAAAGUGAAGCUCAUCUGCAUGAUGCUUCUGCCACAAGUAGAGGAAAGAGUCCUACUGUAUCGCCUACUAUAUUAUGAAUACAAGGCUGACCUAGUGUCACAGUUUGCCGGUCUCACUCUUCACCUGCUCUCAGUGACUCUAAGGUAACGGUGUGUUCCACUCACUUCUGCACUUUUCCAGGUUAAAAUCCUUGAUCAGAAGGUGGACUAUAGUAAUGUCCAGUCUAAGUGCGGCUCCACAGACAAUAUCAAACAUGUACCCGGUGGCGGCAAUGUAAGUAACUGAGGGAUGAACUCAGCACCAGGCUGUUCAGAACCAACUUUUGGACUUGAGGUCUGACACUUUCAGAAUCUUGAAUUGGUCCAGUUUGGUAGCACAGUGGGCCCCCUGUCAGACACCUGUGGCUCAGCAAUGUCAACAAUAUAUGGGUAGUGCAACAUGAAAACAUUACAUUAUGGUUUUUAAAGCUCCUCUUGUUAGUCUGGGGUUUACUCCCAUUGCUGGGAUUCCCAGGCGCUCAUGUCUGGAACUGCAGCUCCUGUAGUUUGAGGGCUACAAUGUGCUCAUUUGUUUAUACUUUGGCCAAACUGACACCUUCAGAAGCAUCUUUUAUGCUCUUUGGCUGUUUAUUCGCUGUGGUUAUUGAAGAUGAUGCGUGUAUCCUGUCAUACUCAGAUUUGACUGAGUUAUGAUUUAAUUUCUUUUGUUUAUUGAAAUGCCUUAAUUCCACGAGCUGCCACAACCACUUCAGAUGUCUCCUGAGAGUCAACAGGUUCUUUGUCUUCUUCACUAUCAAAGUAAACCAUUUGUAGUUGCCAGCAGCUCUGUGGGCCGUAGCAAACGGCAGCAGCUGAUAGCUAAUUAAUUGCACUUAAUUUUCCUAAAUGUAAACAAAUAUAGGCUAAAACAGGUGUAGCUCACAGUGUAACUUGCUGAAUCUUUUCAUGAACAGUAGGUGAAGAUAUUUUAUGCUGUUUAUAAACAGUAUACAUCAUGGAUGGGCUACUUCUGGAACUAAAGAAUCUCCUCAUCAUAGGAGCCUUGUGUAUCUGUGCAGUUAUGAUCAUCACACUAACGCCUGUUAAAAACAGAUGAAACCCUUCUUUGUCAUCGUCACUCAGCCACGUUUCCUGGUUAGCUCUCGCUCCCUUGAGCCUCAGAUUCGUUCCUCCUGCAGUGGCUCCGGGAUAACGGUCUUCUUUCCCCACAUAUCGACUCUCCAGGUACAAAUUCUUAAUGAGAAGUUGGACAUGAGCAAUGUGCAGUCCCGGUGCGGCUCCAAAGACAAUAUAAAACAUGUACCCGGUGGUGGCAAUAUCCAAAUUGUGCACAAAAAGAUUGACCUGAGCAACGUCACAUCUAAAUGUGGAUCCAAAGACAACAUUCACCAUAAACCAGGUGGUGGAAAUGUCGAGAUCAAAAGUGAGAAGCUGGAGUUCAGAGGUCAGUCCAAGGUCGGCUCUCUGGGCAACAUUGGCCAUGUCCCUGGAGGCGGACAGAGAAAGAUCGAGAGCCACAAACUGAACUUCCGUGAGACGGCCAAGGCCCGCACUGACCACGGCGCUGAGAUUGUGUCUUUGGAAGACUCCCCCCACCAGCUCAGCACCGUGUCCUCCUCCGGCAGCAUCAACAUGGCCGAAUCCCCACAGCUGUCCACGCUGGCCGACCAGGUGUCCGCCUCUCUGGCCAAACAAGGCUUGUGAAUGCACCCAUGUCACCUGCACCUCAAACACACGACCCCGUAGAGGAGUUGUGACGCCGUCCUCGUUACUUUCAUGGGACUUUUUUAGCUUCCUGUCACUGUUUAUCCAUCACUAACCUUUGAAAUUGUUCUUGAGGCAUUACUAGUAGACGUCUUGAGGCAAAAUGCGGAUUAACAUGUAGGCCAACAUGUAUUUCAUUUCUCUCUGUGGUCUUUGAGCUCUUUAUUUGCUAUUAUUUCUACCUUUUGUAAGUGUCCCUUUAAGAGUUAAAGCACUCAGCAGAGAAAAAUUCUCCUUGUGAAUCUGAGGAAUUAUCCACAUCCUUAUAAAUCCAACCAUAUUGAAGACUUGGUUUUCUGUCACACUGACUUUAAACCUUUUAGGCAGUUGCGUUUUCAGUGUCCCCUGUCAUGAGUGUCCCCUGGUGGGUUUUGUUUUGAUAUAAAUUGACUUGUAAACUAGAAGGGAGUGCAGGUGGUUGGGGUUCGGUUUAAGGAACGGUUGUAGGGUGUAGUGAGGAAGACUGUUCAAAGAAAAGUAGCAAAUCUCUCCUCAAGGCAGAAAAAUGUGAACGGACCUCACUGCUGUUUUUGCUUUGUGUAGUCCCGAUGUGUCCUGCGCCUCAAGCUGCUGCACCGGCGGUGACGGGCCUAACUGGGUUCAGAAGAAAAAAAAAAAAAA